AUGGAAGUUUCUAUCGAUUUUACAGUUGAAGCAUGGAUAUACCCACAAUUAGUAACAACUGAUAAUACAAUAUUUGGCCAAUGUGCAUGUACAACGUGUACUAAUCAAUGUUUGUAUUUAAUCAUUCGAAGUAGCCAUUUAUAUAUGGGUUUUAAUUUCAAUGAUUUAGCAGGUACAGCAACAUUAACAGCCAGUACAUGGUAUCAUGUUGCAUUUGUUUAUAAUUAUCAAACAUUACAACAAAUAAUAUAUUUGGAUGGUGUACAAGAUAGUAUACGUUCAAAUGUUCAACCAUAUCAAGGUCAAAACGGUUCAAUAACAAUUGGUAUAUCAACAUUUUUACCAGCAAAUUAUUAUAAUGGUUAUAUUGAUAACAUGGCGUUAACAACUAGAGCUAAAAGUUCAACAGAAAUUUUAAAUGAUGCAACAAAUAUAGUUUAUUAUUCAUUUGAUCAGCCAAAUCCCUAUUAUGAUAACGGAGUUAAUCAUAUAAAUAGUACCAAUUAUAACAGUGUAGUCGCUUCAUCCGGGAGUGUGAAUCAAGGAAUUCGUUUUACAACGACAUCGGCAUAUUUUCAAAUGUAUUCAUUUUACCAAUUUGGUUUUUACAACUCUAAAUCAUGGACAUUUGCCGUUUGGAUUUCUCCCACAUCUCUGACUGCUGGUAUUAUUGUACACAUGUCAAGUACUAGUGGUUCGGGUUACUACCAAGAUGUUCUGUUCUUAACGUAUGGUGCUCAGAUUGCUACACAAGUCUAUUGUAGUAGUUUAGGAACAUAUCCAGGAUUUUACGGACCAGUAGUUUCGAUAAAUACGUGGACGCAU